AUGCCACACUUGCAGCUCAUCUUUAAAAACGACUAUGAUCAAGCGCUAACUCUGGUGAAAAGUAAAGACCUACUGCGGCAAAUGGGGAUGCUUAACGAUGUCUACACUGAUCUAAAGGGUUUCAUGAAGCCUGGACAUAAGACCCGGUUUUCGAAUUCCAUGAUUGAUGUGCUCGACAUGUUUGAGGUGGAAUCAAGUUGGCUUCACAAGAAACUGGUUCCCAACUUUGAGAUUUAUAUGUGGAUGAGGGAGGUAACGGCUGGGGUUAUCCCUUGCAUGGUGGCAAUAGACUUCCUUAAUAAUUUUGGGCUGGAAGAGGAAGGAAUGCUAGACGAUCUCCAUAUUCAAACGCUGGAAGUGAUUGCAAAUCGCCAUUCGUUCCUAGCCAACGACAUGGUCUCCUUCAAAAAGGAAUGGGCUUGUGAACAGUACCUCAAUUCUGUGGCACUGGUUGGUUACAGUAGCAACUGUGGCUUAAACGAGGCAAUGGAGAAAGUUGCAGAAAUGGUUCAGGAUUUGGAGAAAGAGUUUGCUGACAUCAAACAAAAGGUUCUGUCAAACAAGGACUUGAACAAGGGAAAUGUCAUGGGGUAUGUGCAAGGCUUGGAGUAUUUCAUGGCUGGAAAUAUAGAGUUUAGCUGGCUCUCUGCGAGAUAUCAUGGGGUGGGAUGGGUUUCACCAGCUGAGAAAUAUGGUACCUUGGAGUUCUAG